CUAAAAACUGAGCCCCUUUAGCGGACAGUGCAAGGGUCUGCGGGGUACGGCAGCUUUGGUGGUGAGAAUUCACCUAGAAAUCAAAUUUGCAGCCACUUUCACGCCCAGCUGCAGUUCUCAAUCAAGUACAUUGUUUGGGAGUCGCAAAAUGCAAGUUACUAUGGCCUCUUCAACGCUAGUCCCUGUGAGCCGUUUUUUCACAGAGGGGCACUGGUUUUGGAUUUUUGCUAUUUUAACCACAGGAAGGUUCAUAAUUCACACACACACACACCCCACCUCCAUUUAUUUUCCUUGUUUCCUGCAGAUUCUUCACCACCACAUAGCUACCGUGGAGAAGCUACCUCUGAAUGCUUCUGGCUGCCAGCUGCAGAUUCGCUGCAAGAACUUCCGCGUGGCCCACUUCCUCAUGGGCCAGGAGCGAGACUGCCACGAAGUGUACACCUCUUUGCUGAAGCUCUCGCAGCCAGUGAAGCCUGAAGACCUUUAUGCCUUCUCCUACAACCCCAAAACGCCUGAAGGCAGCCGAGAAACAGGCUGGAAGUUGGUAGAUGUCAAAGCAGAUUACCAGCGGAUGGGCAUUCCCAACAGCUCUUGGGAAAUUAGCGAUGCCAACAGGGAUUACGAGGUUUGCAGCACCUAUCCUCGGGAUCUGGUUGUGCCUAAAGCAGCUACUCGGGCGAUGGUCUUGGGAAGCGCGAAGUUUCGAAGCCGAGGUCGGAUACCUGUGCUUUCCUACUUCUACAAAGAGAAUAACGCCGCCAUCUGCCGAUGCAGCCAGCCUCUGUCCGGAUUCACCACUCGCUGCCUGGAAGACGAACAGCUGCUGCAGGCCGUCAGGGAAGCCAACGCGGGGAGUGGGUUCGUGUACGUUGUGGACACAAGGCCAAAGCUGAACGCCAUGGCCAACCGAGCUGCUGGAAAGGGCUAUGAGAAUGUUGAUAAUUACGACUGCAUCCGUUUUAAAUUCAUCGGCAUUGAAAACAUCCAUGUGAUGAGGAGCAGCCUCCAGAAACUCCUGGAAGUGUGUGAAGCAAAAUCUCCUUCCAUGAGCGACUUCCUGACAGGCCUCGAGAACUCGGGCUGGUUGCGGCACAUUAAGGCCGUGAUGGAUGCUGGAGUCUUCCUUGCGAAGGCAGUCAAAGGUGAGAGUGCCAGCGUGGUGGUGCACUGCUCAGAUGGCUGGGAUCGCACGGCCCAGGUCUGCUCUGUGGCGUGUCUCCUCCUGGAUCCCUUUUAUCGGACGUUGAAAGGAUUCAUGGUUCUGAUAGAGAAGGAGUGGAUUGCGAUGGGCCAUAAGUUCUCACACAGGUGUGGCCAUCUUGAAGGAGAUCCCAAGGAGCUGUCUCCAGUCUUCACCCAGUUCCUGGAAUGCACAUGGCAGCUCAUGCAGCAAUUUCCUUGCGCGUUUGACUUCAGCGAGCGACUGCUUCUUGAAAUUCACGACCAUGUCUAUUCCUGCCAGUUUGGCAAUUUCCUAGGGACCUGUCACAAGGACCGAGAAGAUCUGAAAGCCUUUGAGAAAACGCAUUCCCUGUGGCCUUUUCUUCUUCAAAAGAAGCUGGAAUUCCGAAAUCCACUCUACAAGGGAUACACUGCUUACUCGUAUCUCCAGCCCAAUACGCUGCCAUUCAGUUUCCAGUUCUGGUGUGGCAUGUAUAACCGUUUUGAUAAAGGGAUGCAUCCAAAACAGUGUAUCCUGGAUCAUCUGCUUAGCUGCACUGGCCAGAAUUUGCAGUUGGAAGACAGUGCUGCAGACCUGGAAAAUAAACUGCCUCUCUCCGAUGGGCUCCUGCCAAAUGAAACAUCUGUCUUCUCCAAAGGGGUUGCCGCUUCGCUGGACAGUUCCAUCUCACCUAUGGUCAACACUCCCCAGGACUACGAAGCCCCCCUGGUGCUGGCCAACGGCACCAUUGGUGGGAGAGAAGGCGAGAGACCAGAUCAGCAGAUGAUGAGCGAAGUGGGUCUUGUUCCUCCCACUGGCACCGCAGACAGCAACAGCUGCAAUUCAUCCACCAUCAACAGUGUGCCUCUCUGGGGCAGUGAUCAAGCAGAUCUCCAGAGGGCUUGAAGUGAUCUUCCCCUCUGCUGGAAGAGUCAUAGGAAAGGGGCAAUAAAGCUGGUGAGAUCUGUGGCCCUGUGCUGGGAACACCACCUCACUGACACAUGGCUAAGUGUUGUAUUCUGUAUUCUCAAAGGGGAGGAGGACGGAGCCCAUUGGGGACUUUCAGGCAAACUCCCAGAGGUUGGGGAUGAUGCUGAGCUGGGGGCUGCCACAAUAUCACUCAUCCCAAAACAGCCACGGACAUCCUUGAUUUGGGAAAAAGACAGGUGUGCAGUCAGCCAGUUGAUGAUGAUGUUGGCUCCCAAGGCAGGUUAUAUAUAUAUAUUUUAAGGGGGGAGAAUUCGGAUCCAUAAAGGGUGCCUGUGUCAAUCCCUUUUAAAGGGGUGCCUCCCAACUCUUUGAGUUCCACUGGAGGGCUGGGAUGGGUUGCUUCUGGGUAGCCUCACUGGUCCUCCUGUAAGCACCUUUUCUUUGCAAAGAUGGAAUUCCCAUACUGCCCAGCCGUUGGCAACGUGACCUUGAUAGUCGUGAUACAGUAUUUUGAGUGUGUGGGUUUUGUCUUUUAAGGACUGCCUCUCUCUCGUGUCUUUCGUUUAACUGUCCUGAACGGGCCCCGCAUUCUUAUUUGUUGUUCUCUCUCUUCAUUGUCCGUGGUCUUGAAUGUCUUUGUCGCAUGUUAGCACAAAGUCUUAAGGCAUCUGCAAAUAUCUUGACUGUUCAAGCAUUUAUCAUCCUGUGUCUAUGGAGAACACUGAAGUACUUGGCCAGGUUAUCAAGCAUCUUCCUUGGCUUAAGUGCCAGACUGCUUUCUACUCAAGUGCUCAGUAAUGUCCUACGUACCAUCCAUACCGAUAUCUAAUUUUCAGAAUCCACCCGCUCCUCUUUAGCAGCAAAGCAUCAGCAAUUGAGUCCCCGCCUCCCUGCAGAAUGCUCUUGCCCAAAGCUUCACUAAGAGUCUGACCUAAGCCAGAAUGUACGUUCCAUGCAUGUUUUGAACCAAAAGGAAACCCAAGCUUCCUGUUUUGUUAUCCUGGGGAGGGCUUAAUGCCAGGAAGGAAGUGCUCAGCAGAGGGAAUGUGAGGCCUCUGGCUUUAAAAUUCCCCAACAGAAACAUACGCAGAAUCUGUGGUCCUUUCUGCUUAAUGGUGCAGAUGAGAAAACUUCUUGGGAGAAAGCAAACCUUUGCCCUUAAUGUUCUCUGAAAUGAGGAAAUGGCAGUGGACUUUAAGAAGAUUAGUCUCCUGGUGAAAGAGGAGACUGACCGAGAGCAUUCCUGAAUCCGUCCAGAAUUUCAGCUCUGAGCUGGCCUACAGCUUCAGAAGUAGGAUUGUUGGGGCUUGAAGGGACUCUAAUAGGAGAGAGAAUAGUUUGCCUUGGAUAAGCAAUAGUUCUUCCAACUUAAUUUCAUUGCAUCCUGCAUGUCUAUGGCGUAUCUUCCACUGUCCCCAGCAUCAGUGGGUCAGAUCACGGUAACAUUCCCUGAAUUCUCUAGCGAGGCAAUGACAUUCCGAAGGAAAGACAUCUCAGCGUCUUGGUCCAGCGAUGCGGACGUUUCCUGCAAAUAGUCGGCCGUGGCUGUUCAUGGAGAUUGUCGUCUUUAGGAAAGCAAAUGGUCUUGAGUCCUUGCAGGACAAAAUCCUGGGGCCAGCCAGGCAUCUUAGCUUGAAAGACGGGUCAAGUGGCUGACUGGGUGACAAGCCAUCCUGCUCCAGUUUUGUAAUCUGCUUUCCUUUUAAGAGAUAGAGGAAUCAUGGUUUUUCUUUGGGUGAAAUCUUCCUCCUGGCAUCCCUGAUCGGAAAAGUUUGCUAGGAAAGAUGGAUCACCCAGCAUGAUGUUUGGAUGGACUUGCUUUCUUGGCUGCUGGUCAAAAACCUUAAUUUUAGGCACGUGAAAAAGACAAGAAAUCUCAGGGCUCACAGUAUCGUUAGAAACAAGCCCAAGUCCCAAAAGAGGGUCAAAAUACCACAAUUAUUGGCAGGCAAAUAUACAAUGACCUUGUGGAUUAGUUGAAGAUACCUAAUUAGGUUUUGGAUUUUUUUCCCCCAAGGAAAGAUGUUUUUUGCUCCUGAGCCAUUUCCAAAAUGAGAACUAUUUUUACAAAAAGCCCCCACCCACUUACCCUUUCUGCACAUUUGGGGAGGAUGAGAAAUUCAGAAUCUGUUCUUCCGAUGGAAUGGCCAUUUAUGAGGGGAAGGGGAUCGUGAACCAAAAAGAGGAAUAUUCCGAUCAAACACAGAAUAAUAAUUGAGAGAAAUUUCAAAUCCCUAUCAUUCUGACACCAAAAUGUUCUUACAGUGAUACAAAGCAAAAGCUGUGCUAUUGCAUAUUGUGAAUAAUAACGGAUUUCAACAAGCAGGUGUCAUUUGAUGCACGGGAAAAGUUAACUGAAUGAAAAACCACUGAUCGUUAAUUUCAUCUGGUGGAAGAACCCAAUGGCAAAUUUUAAAAUUCUGCUUUUAUAGGCCCUUGGGAAAGUUUUCAAAGCAUUAAAAUCUGUCAAGUGGUGGGAGAUGCACCAGCUUUUAAGUCUACUGUAUAAUCUCUGCAGCUUGUAUUGCCAUUUAUUUAUCCAGUUAGCACUGCAUCUCAAGAGGUUUCGCUUCCUUCUCCAAGCACUUUUUUUCUCUGAAAAACCCCUGACCUCUAUUCCGUCAGGGCCACCUCCUAAAAUGGAUUCUUUCCCCACGUCUCUCAUUAUCCACUUCCUCCGUCCUUUGAAACAUUUCAUAUUGUCUUGUCUGGUUCAAUAAACUUUGUCAGUGAUACAGAUGCGACCCCUGAUUUCUCAUCUUACUCAGUUUUUUUAAAGCCACAUUUAUUUAAAAGUAUAUAUAGAAUAUGUUUCCAAAACUAAUCUUAUGUACCUGUAAAGAAAAUAAUGGUAUUGGUGCUUAUUUCUCCCCAUAUGAAUUUUUCCAAAGUAUUUGUUUGGAUUCCAUAUUACCUGAAGCCUGACUAGAAAAAAACGGAUACAUAAUUUGUCUACCAUAUUUGUUUACCAAACUUGGUUCAGCUUCCCAGCCAUACAGUUUGCCUGUGUUGAGUUUACAUUUGCAAAGCAAGGCAUAGGUAUGCGGAAUGGACCCCUAAGUGUGGAAAAAUCCUGUAAAAGCUCCGUUUCCCCCCACUAUGCCCACAAGAUUCUAAUUCUCCCUGUUUUAAUUGAUGCCACGUAAGCAUUGGUGAUUCAGUUGAUGCACCAGAUUGCAUACAAGAAGGGAAACUCAUGAGCACCAAAAUUGCAGCAAAUGAUGCCUUUUGCAAAUCUGAACGAAUUUUAAGAAGGCUGAACUAGGAAAAACAAAUCUGGAGCACUAAGAGGAGAGAAGGGAAGAAACCAGCUUUUCUCCCAAUUUGUAGGAGUUUUAACU